GUUGAUGUAAAUAAUGCUUCGUCGAUAUUCACAUUUUUACUCGAUUCGAUAUUCUUCCACAUUAUUAUCUACUUUAGACGGACUCACAAAUCGAACAAGUGGAGAUAAGUUACUCACUUAUAGCGAGAAGUUUUCCAAAUUAUAUGCCAAUUCCACGCCAGAAACUCGAAAAUCGAUUUUCGUAGAUCUCGUCACAAACUAUGGUGUAAACAAAGAAGCCCUAAAUCAUGCGAUUUCUCUAUAUUCUAAGAAUGAUCAAAUGUACCCGGAAGUAAGAACAUCAGCAACAGCUUCUUAUGUGAAUUUGAUAAAAUCAAUUGGAAAUUUACCGGGAGGAGUUAUGCAAGUCUGUGAAAUGAGGGCUAAUAUUUUGGCACUUCUAAAACGGGAAACUGACAAAACUACAACAUCAUAUCUCCGUCACAUUGAACUGGCCACUAGAGAAGUAUUAACUUCAUGGUUUUCUUUAGGAAAUCUAAAAUUGGAACGACUUACGUGGUCAUCUCCUGGAGAUAUUCUACAGAAAGUCGCCGAAUAUGAGGCAGUUCAUCCAGUUAGAGGACUUUCAGAUUUCAGAAAACGUCUUGGUCCGUUGAGACGAUGUUUCUAUUUUUCCCACGAAGCUCUUCCCCGGAACCCACUUGUGAUGGUUCACGUGGCAUUAGUUGAUGAGAUAGCGGAUAGUGUACAAGAAAUCACAAAAAGAGGAGCACCGACUGGAAAAGAAGAAGAUCAAACAACUGCAAUUUAUUAUUCAAUCACUUCUACACAGCCUGGUCUUUCUGGUAUUGAUCUCGGAAAUAUGCUCAUCAAGAAAGUCGCCACUAAACUUCAAAAAGAUGUUCCAUCAGUCACAACUCAUUCAACAUUAUCUCCGAUUCCUGGUUUCCGACCUUGGCUUAUCAGAAAUCUGAAAGGGAAUUCAGAAUAUCCUUCAAUUAUGAAUGAAAAGGUUGUCAAUUGGAUUUCUGAUAUAUCUGAAAGGGAAAUGAACGAAGUAGAAGCAACCGAAACUCUACUGAAAGUCAUAAGCAAUGAAAAAACGAAAAAGGAGCAGCUCAAUGCAAUCCAGCACAUUUUGAUGUACGCGUGUGCUCAUUAUCUUUGUAAUGCAAAACGAAAUGGAAUGGCUUUAAAUUCAGUUGCAAACUUCCACAUUAGAAACGGCGCAGAGUUGUAUAGACUGAAUUGGAAUGGAGAUACGAGUCAUAGAGGGAUCAAUAACAGUUUUGGAAUUAUGGUAAACUACAGAUACGAUUUGGAGAAGGUUCACGAGAACAGUGCAGCUUACACUGAACACAAAAAGAUGGCGAUUAAUCAGAAAGUUUUGGAUAUCUUCUGAAUCUUUUCACCCAGCUCCUCAUAUGUAUUCGAGUUUCAAGAAUUUAGUCUAGUUAAUGUGUCAUAUUAUACUUGUAACAAAUUCGUGUGAUUGCUUGCCCAGUUUCUUGUGAAUAAAAUUUUCGAAAUUUUAAUU